UGCCUAUCGUGUCGAAAGAAGAAGAAAAAGUGCGACAGAGUCUACCCUUGCGUGAAUUGUCGCAAAGUUGGCGCAGAGUGCUUGUUUGUGCCGAGACGACCCUCGACUAGGCCAAGGACCACGCAAGGGAUGCUGGAGAGGCUCCAGCAUCUCGAGGGAGUAAUUGGCCACUUGCGAGAUAACUACAAUCAAGUAGCCACACAGCCAUCCUCUCAGAAGGCAGAGGCCCGGUCAACUCCAGACUUUGGUAGGCUGGCUGUUGGAGAUGGACGAAGCAGAUACAUCAGCAGUAGCUUCUGGGCAAGCUUGGACGAAGAGGUGGAUGAUCUGAAGAGCCUACUGAUGGACUUUCCGGAUUUCUCAAUGCAUUCAAACCCACCCCACAAGUUGGACAACAGAACCACCGAUCAAAGCUUCAUCUUUGGGAGUGGUUCUCGGCAUCAGUCUUUGAUCGACCUCCACCCACCAGUCCACCAGGCGUUGCUCUACUGGCGUUUGUUCAGAGAGAAUUGCGAUAGGCUAAUCAAGGUUUUGCAUUUGCCUACAAUGGAACCAAUCAUCCUCCAAGCCGUCAAGCAACCAAGCUGCAUACCUAGAGGACUUGAGGCGCUCAUAUUCUCCAUCUACUUCGCUUCUGUGGAGAGCCUCACGGAAACUGAAUGCCGGGAGACUUUCGGUAGCCACAAGGGAGACCUCAUCGAUAGGUACAAGUUUGCUACGGAGCAGGCACUGGCUAGAGCCCAGUUCCUUGAAACGGAUGAGUUGAUCGUUCUACAGGCUUUUGUCAUUUUUCUCAUGAGCCUACGGAAUCACUGCAGCAUCAGACUAAUGUGGAGUUUGACUGCUCUUGUGGUUCGUCUUGCACAGAACGCGGGAAUACACCGUGAUGGGACUCACUUCAACUUGUCACCUUUCACCGUUGAAAUGAGACGGAGAUUGUGGUGGAGUAUCUGCGUCCUUGAUUCUCGCGCAUGCGAAGACUCUGGCCAUGACGCUACUCUUCCUCACAGCGGCGCAGACACUCGUAUUCCGCUCAACGUCAACGAUUCAGACUUGACUGUAUGCAUGAAAGAGGCUCCCCAACCUCGAGUUGGUCUCACAGAGAUGACCUUCAGCUUGAUUCGUUUUGAGGCAACGUCUCUGUUUCGACAACUCCAGUACUCGUCGACCAAUCCAGUUGGAAAACCACUCGAAGAUGUCGCCCUCUCAGGAAAGAUGAAGCGAAUUCUUGACAGCCAGCAGCGGCUUCAAGAUCUCUACUUGAUACACUGCGACUUAUCUGAACCAUUCUCCUGGUUCAUACAUACCAUAUCGCAAAUUGUGUUCACAAAAAUGCGGCUUGUUGCUCACCAUCCGUCAUUGCGCCGCACCGGUUUCGCUGGGCUGCCUCAUGAAACCCAGCAUCGUCUAUUCACUGCAUCUAUCACGAUUCUUGAAUAUUGGCUGGCCCUGAACACAGAGAAGAAGACCCAGAAAUGGAGAUGGCUAUGCGAGACAUAUAUUCAGUGGUAUGCGCUUACCUUUCUACUCUCUGCCUUGUGUGUUCGCACAGAAGGCGAACAGGUCGAUAGGGCAUGGGGUGCAGUAGAUGCA